AUGUUUGUUGCACUAGGAUGUCCAGAGCAAUCUCUUGUUGGAAAGGAGAUAAAUCUGAAUCUAUCAGACAGCAGUUACACAGCCUCAUCAUAUUAUAAAAAACCAGGCAUCUCAGAAGAUGUUCGAUACAAACCUCAUAAUGCCAUACUAUAUGGCAGAUAUGGAUGGGCAUCAAGUGAUAAUGAUAAUCCUGAUGAUUACCUGCAGAUUGAUCUCGGUACUCCACGUGUUGUUACUGCUGUAGCAACACAAGGAAGUGGUCGCACUGCGAAUAGAGAAUGUGUGACAAAAUACAAGCUGUAUUUAGCAACAAAUAACAUAACACUAUGGCAUACUUAUAAAGAUGAAUUUGGAAAUSUAAAGUUCUUCAAAGGAAACACCGACUCUAACAGUGUAGUACGUCAUGAUCUUACAAACCCUCAACUGGCAAGGUACAUUCGAUUCGUACCAGUGGAAUAUCAUAAUCACAAGACAAUGAGAGUCAACGUUUACGUUACUAACCAAGAACCUCCUCGCAUGAAAUUCGUUCCUAACAAACGUUCAAUAAUAUUAACGUGGACCUACGAAAAAUGCAGUCCUACUGACSAUAUCACUGGAUACCUAGUGAAAGUGGGAAACACAACCCAUAAAGUUAUUGGUGAUUACCAGAGUUAUACUGUGACUAGCUUAAAGCCAUACACUGAAUACAAUGUCUCAAUAAAGGCCAUCAAGCAAGUAGGAUAUGGAGUAUGGAGCAACGUCACGACAAUCAGAACUGCUAUUGCAGAACCCGAAUCGAURCCUUCUCUAAAUGCUACAACAACGUCAUCAGAAACAAGUUUGCUAAAAUGGAACCUUCAAAYGUCGGAGUUUAUUCACGGGCCGCUCAAGGGAUACAGGAUAACCUAUACACCACAAGGAGGAAAGUCUAAUAUAAUAAUYGACGUGGGUGAUGUUGGGAACUAUACUCURAUGUACCUACUCAWGUAUACAACUUACGUCAUCACUAUAGCAGUCAAUAACACAAAGUACAUUGGUUCACCAAGUACAGAGCGAAGAGUGAGAACGUUAGAGGAUGCUCCUUCUGCUCCAGUAAAUAUCACUGGUACUUUGAUACCUGCACAAGGCUCAUUUGGACCACGUGUUGUUAUCACGUGGGAUAGGCCACGAGAACCUAAUGGCAUCAUCAGGAAGUACACCAUUGUAUACUACUACAACCAGGCUACAUCCAAUAACAAGACAGUCAUAAUCAAUGGGACGAGUGAUCUUCAAUACACCAUGAAUAUUACCGGAAACGGAACGUUCUCAUACAAGAUUAGUGCGACCACAAUCAAAGAAGGCCCUUACAAAAGUGGUGAUAAUAUAACUAUACUUUCACUUGUUAAAUCAAGACGUAAUGCAGAUGAAAAUUCUACCUCUCCUUUCAACCGCUCGAUGAUAGCCGGAUUCGUCGCAGGGUUUAUUGUCCUAGUGCUGAUUCUCAUUGUUGUGAUUACUUUAUAUAAACGUCGAAAUCGCAAUCGUAAAAAUAAACACGAAGUUAUAGUUAUGGACCCAGUACCUGUACCACUGGCUGUCAUUGACGAUACACCAGUCCCAGAGAAUAAUGAUUAUGAUGAUCUUCUGGAGGUGUCUGCAAAAAGUUCUUUUGACGCAGAAAACAACAUAGGAGAUCAUACAUAUGACGAAGCUGAAAGCUCCAUUCCUGAUUUGAUCAUGAUACCUGCCCAGAGUCCAAUAGAAUUUAUUCCGCCAGACAAAAGUAAGCUCACGGAAGAAUUUAAGGUAUGUCUUUGCCAACUUUAUGUAAACGUAACUCCUUCAUAUCUCCUCUCAUUUAUUAAUGUAUUAUAUAUUUUAAACGUUUGAAUGUAAUAGAAACCAUGUUUUUUCACGAAA